CAGUAUAUAUAGAGGUAUAUUAUUACAGUGGACAUCAUAAGUCACUUGGCUACUUGAGAUUACCGUACACAUCAGGAACAAAUCGGACAACAUGAAAUUCGUGCUAGUAUUGUGCCUGAUGGCUGCCGCAGUCUUGGCUGAAGAUGAAAAGUACCCUAGCAAGUACGACAACAUCGACCUGGAUGAGAUCCUUGCCAACAAGAGGCUCCUCACUGCCUACGUCAACUGCAUCAUGGAGAGAGGAAAGUGCAGUCCUGAGGGCAAGGAAUUGAAAGAACAUCUGGUAGACGCCAUUGAGACUGGCUGCUCGAAAUGUACUGAAGCUCAAGAAAAGGGAGCAUACAAGGUCAUCGAACAUCUGAUCCAGAACGAGCUGGACACCUGGCAUGAGCUGACCGACAAGUACGACUCCUCUGGCAAGUGGAGGAAGACAUACGAAGACCGCGCCAGGGCUAACGGCAUCGUCAUCCCAGAAAAACGUUUUUCUUCUGAACUUCAGUGUUCCACUAUACUCUUGGACAGGAUUCUAUUGUCUAGUGAUCGGAUUUUUAAACUUACUUACAGUAUGAAUUUCCUCGUGUUGUCGAUUGUGGUUACAAUGGCGGCCUUCGUAGCUGCUGAAACUUAUACGGACAGAUACGAUCACAUCAACAUCGACGAGAUCAUUGAGAACAGGAAACUGCUGGUGCCUUACAUCAAGUGUACCCUGGACCAAGGAAGAUGUACUCCAGAAGGCAGGGAACUGAAAGCUCAUAUCAAGGACGCUAUGCAGACCUCCUGCUCCAAAUGUACUGAGAAACAGAAGAAGGGUGCCAGGAAGGUCGUCAGACACAUCAGGGCCAAGGAACAGGAGUACUGGAAGCAGAUCCUCGCCAAGUACGACCCUGAAGACCAAUACAAAGAGAACUACGAAACCUUCCUCGCUGCUGAAGACUAAGAGGUCAAUGUAAAAUAGGAAUCCAAAUUAAAAAGUAAAAUGAAGUCGAUUGUUUAAAGUAUUGUAGUUUAAUAAACAUCAGAACCAAA